CAUUCUCAUUUUGCAGAGGGUCGUCUCUCUCUGGCUGCCGGUAAAUGCCAGUGGCUGCAUUGCCCUAGAGGUCUGAGGUUUUGGGGGGUGGGAGUGGCUAAAGUCCAGCCCCCCCCACACCGUGAGUGAGACGCUAAGGCUGUCUUCACCACAGUGUUCCCUCACUGGGCUGUGCUGAGGAUGGACACCAGGAUCGCUCGCCUCUGCUGCCUGCUGGCCCUCUGCUCUCCGGGGAGCAGCCAGUGGUGGGGAUUUCUCUGGGGUGGCGGGGAGACCCCCACAGCCCCUGGAAGCACCAUCACAGCAAAUGCGGGUCCUGGCCGGCCAGGGGAGGAGCGCGAGGAGCCGGCCAGUACCGGUGCCACUGCCGGGGAGAUCAGGGAGAGCAGCCUUGCCAGGGAACCGGUUGUUGAGCCCAAGGCUAAGAGGCUUCUUAAACUCUGGAGGAGCGACCGGAAGACUAAGGACAACCUGAACUUGCUGGAGUUGAUAGGAGUGCCCCUCCCCCCCUCUGUCUCCUUCAUUACUGGGUAUGAGGGCUUCCCGGCCUACAGCUUCGGGCCGGACACCAACAUUGGGCGGCUCACCAAGACGUUUGUGCCCGACCCUUUCUAUCAUGACUUCGCCAUCAUCGUCACCGCAAAGCCGAUCACGGACAGAGGGGGUGUGCUGUUCGCCAUCACCGAUGCCCUCCAGAAGAUGGUGUAUCUGGGCGUCGUCCUGACGCCAGUGGAAGACCAGACGCAGAGAAUUGUCCUGUACUACAGCGAGCCGGGGAGCUCCAGCUCCCAGGAUGUGGCGUCUUUCAAGGUGCCGAGCAUGACGGGCCGCUGGAGCCGCUUCACUCUGGCCGUCCAGGGGCACGAGGUGCGGCUCUACAUGGACUGCGAGGACUUCCAUGCCGUGGCCAUGCAGCGGCCCUCACACAGCCUGCGGUUUGAGGCGGGCUCGGGCAUCUUUGUGGCCAACGCUGGUGGGACUGGUCUGGAGAGAUUUGUGGGCUACAUGCAGCAGCUGCUGAUUCGGCCAGACCCCCGAGCGCCAGAGGAGCAGUGUGAGGAGGAUGACCCCUAUGCCUCUGGAGAGGGCAGCUCUGAUGAUGGCCUGGAUGACCGUGAGAUGACAGACGAGGUGGUGAAGAGGGAGAGAAGACCCCCGACUUCACAGAUGGAGGGAAGGCGGAGCUCCCCAGUACAAGCCCCCCCUACGGACAGUCCCAAAGGAGAGGAGCCAGAGGAAUACUCUGGUCAGGUGACCCCCACUAUGGAGCCUGCUGAGGAGAGCUCAGUGUACAGACAGGACCAAACCGAUGAGCUGGGAGAGCCAUACAGGACAGUGGACCCCAGCCGAGGACAGAAGGGAGAACGUGGGGAUCCGGGCCCUCCUGGCCCUCCGGGGCCACCUGGUCUCCCCAGUCCUUCGGUAGAUGGAAACUCUCAAGCCGCUCAGCCGGGUCCCAGAGGCCCCCAGGGGCCCAUGGGACCUCCAGGUCCAGCGGGAAAGCCAGGAAAAGAUGGCCAGCAUGGAGAUCGGGGCAGAGACGGCGACCCUGGUAGCAGGGGUCCUCAGGGAACUCCUGGUUAUCCUGGAGAAACUGGAGCCAAGGGAGAGAAAGGUGACCGCGGAGUCGGCCGGCCCGGACCACCAGGACCACCGGGUCCACCGGGUCCACCUUAUGCAGGCCGGCUCUCGGGUGCCGUGGACGGCUCUGGCUACAGUGACCUUGACAGCGAUUCAGAGCCCAUUCGAGUACCUGUCCCAGUUUACUCUGUCUCAUGGGGGGGUUUCCAGGGCUCUCCUGGUCUCAGUGGGAUGCCUGGGCCACCAGGGGUCAAAGGAGAGAAGGGCGAGCAGGGUGCUGUUGGACAAGCUGGACCAAAGGGUGAACAAGGCAACCCAGGGGUGGUUGGACCCCCAGGGCCAGUAGGCCCUCAGGGGCCAGUGGGUCUCCCUGGACGUGAGGGGCCCCCCGGGCCCCCGGGGCCCCCAGGACAUCCAGCUUGGGUCCCAGUCUCAGACCCAGAGGACCUGGACGGGUCCGGAACCUCGCCUGUCUUUGCGAGUCACAGAGGCACUCUGGGCGUUCCCGGUCUGCCUGGCCCUCCUGGACCUCAGGGCCAGAACGGAGCUCCCGGGCCUCCCGGCACUGCAGUGAAGGGUGACCAUGGCCCCCCAGGCCCCGACGGCCCCCCCGGCCUAGCAGGCCUGCCUGGACCCAUGGGACCGGCUGGGAAGAAGGGCGAUCCAGGGCCAAAGGGAGAGCCGGGCCAGAAUGGGAGCAGCAUCGUGGGGGCCCCGGGGCCCCCCGGACCCCCUGGACCAGCUGUUAACCUGCAGGAUGGCCCCGAAGGCGUGCCCGGACGCCCCGGAUUUCCCGGGCCAAGGGGCCCGAAGGGGGACAUCGGAGUGCCGGGUCUCCAGGGGCCUCUGGGACUAAAGGGCGAGAAGGGUGAGCCGGGCACAGUCAUCGCCGCAGACGGGUCCCUGGUGUCCGGGCUGCGGGGUCCCCAGGGCCCCAAAGGGGUUAAGGGUGACCACGGCACGCCUGGAGCUCCUGGAUUUGUGGGGCCAGUAGGACCUCAAGGACCAAAAGGAGAAUACGGCUUUCCUGGGCGUCCAGGUCGACAUGGGGCUGUGGGCCAGAAGGGUGAGAAAGGAGACUCCGCAGGUCUGCCGGGUCCUCCGGGACCUCCGGGUCGACCGGGAAUCCCAGGACGCGUCAUUGGCCUGAACGGGACAGUCUUUCCGGUUCCUCCGCGACCUCACUGCAAAACACCAGUGAGCGGUAAUCGGGACGCCCCACAAGGCUCGUCUGUGGGACGGGACAGGAGGAAGGAGGCUAUGGGGGCCAAAGGAGAGAAGGGGGAGCCAGGACCUGCGGGGGAGCCUGGAUCGCCAGCUCCCGUACUUCCUGACAACUUCCUGGGGAACAAGGGAGACAGAGGCUACAAAGGGGAGAAGGGGCAGAGGGGAGACGCGGGGGUCCUGGGCGUCCCCGGGCUGCCCGGCAGGUCGGGCCUGGUGGGCCCCAAAGGAGAAUCUGUGAUUGGUCCCCCAGGUCAUCCUGGCAUCCCAGGGCCAGCGGGACCCCCAGGGUAUGGACAUCCAGGACUGCGUGGCCCCCCCGGUCCUCCGGGGCCCCCUGGGGCCCCCGGGCCUCUUUCCCUGUAUGGCUCAGCUGUCCCUAUUCCGGGGCCUCCAGGCCCUCCUGGACUUCCGGGGUCGCCCGGACAUGGAAACCCGGUUACGACAUACAGAGACGGUGACACUCUGGUACGGGAGAUGUACCGCAUGGCGGAAGGCACCAUGGCCUAUGUGUUGGACAAGGGCGAGCUCUACAUCCGUGUGAGAGAGGGCUGGAAGAAGGUCCAGCUUGGAGAGCUGAUCCCCAUCCCAGCUGAUAGCCCAUCGUCAGCCUUGUUCCAGGAGCUGAAAUGGGGAGAGGUGGAGCCAAAGAAACCCAACAUCCUGAGCCAGGAGUUCCAGGACCUGCCAGGCUACAGCACCCUACCGAGCGUGUAUCACAGAGCCCCCGGUCUCCACCUGGUGGCCCUGAACGCCCCGUUCUCAGGUGACAUGCGUGGCAUCCGGGGGGCCGACUUCCAGUGCUACCAGCAGGCCCGCGCCAUGGGGCUGGUGUCCACCUACAGAGCCUUCUUGUCAUCACACCUGCAAGAUCUCAUCACCAUUGUAAAGAAGGGCGAUCGUGACACCGUGCCAGUCGUUAACCUCAAGGCUGCCGUGCUGCUCAGAAAACCAGACACGGACCGCGUGGCACUGAGGGAGCAAGGGGUCGUCAAUAAGCUACUGACGGGACUCUGCCAAAGCGAAGCGUGA